GUACAUAACCUCGGCUCUGUAUCAUAUCCUCUCCGACCCUCCCAGCUUCACAACUGCCAGCUCCGUUCUGCUCGGGCUCUCCAUCCUAGCCAAAAGGUCUCCAGACUUAGACGAUACACAAUGGCCUCUACAUCUGCCGAAUCAUCGAACCGACCAAAACUAGGCCCCUCGCCGUUCAAGAUCCCCUCCGACCUUCCUGAACUCCCCGAGGUCCCAGGGACCGACCCUACUCGCAGCGUUCUAGACUCCUUCCGAAUCGCUAUCGCCAAUACUGUGGCCGAUGGGCUCGAACCUCUGACGGUCGAGCAGGUUUACCAGGGCGUCGACUACGGGAAGAAGGGGGAGGACUUCACCGUGGCGCUCCCUCGAUUCCGUCUUCCGGGGAAGAUUGACGAGCUCGCCAAGAAGGUCAUUGAUAAGUUCCAACCUAACGAGUGGAUUGAGUCCGUUACACACGACAAGGCCUUUCUCCACUUCAAGUGCCGAACAUCGACGCUCACUCGCCUCAUCCUCGACCAAAUCCACGCCCUCACCUAUGACACCGAGUCCAAACAGCCAGAAUAUGGCUCUAACAGCCUCGGGGAGGGAAAACGGGUAGUCAUCGAGUACUCUUCCCCCAACAUCGCCAAGUCCUUCCACGUCGGCCACCUCCGAAGUACGAUCAUCGGCGCGUUCCUCGCCAACUUAUACCGCGCAUGCGGAUGGGAGGUCAUCUCGCUAAACUACCUCGGCGACUGGGGGACCCAGUUCGGUCUGAUCGCGUCUGGCUUCGAAAAGUACGGCUCGAAAGAGGCUCUGGAGAAGAACGCGAUCCAGCACCUGCUCGAGAUCUACGUCAAGGUCAACGCCGACGCCGAGAAGGAUCCCAAGGUGCGCGAAGACGCCGCGGCGUGGUUCAAGCGCAUGGAGGACGGCGACGAGGAGGCACUUCGGAAUUGGCGGGAAUGGCGAGAGCUGUCGAUCCGCAAGUAUGAGGAGGAGUACGCGCGGCUGAACGUGCGCUUCGACGAGUACACAGGCGAGAGCAAGGUGUCGCCGAAGACGAUGGCCUCGGCGCUCGAAAAGCUCCAGGAGAUGGGCCUGAUUGAGGAGGACAACGGUGCGCUUCGGGUCAACUUGGAGGAAUACAAGCUUGGCAAGGCUGUGGUCAGGAAGCGAGAUGGCACCUCGAUCUACCUCACGCGUGACAUCGGCGCCGCGAUCGAGCGGUACGAGAAGUACAAGUUCGACAAGAUGAUCUACGUCGUCGCCGCUCAGCAGGACCUGCACCUCGCGCAGUUCUUCAAGGUCCUCCAGCUUAUGGGCUACGACUGGGCCAACAACCUGGAACACGUCAACUACGGCCUCGUGCUCGGCAUGAGCACGCGCAAGGGCACGGUCGUCUUCCUCGACCAGAUCAUCCGCGAGGCGGCGUCGGUCAUGCACGAGCAGAUGCGCAAGAACGAGGAUAAGUACAACGCCAUCGAGGACCCUGAGAACGUGGCAACUGAGAUUGGUAUCACCGGUGUCAAGAUCCAGGACAUGGCCGCUAAGCGAAUCAACAACUACAAUUUCAACUGGGAUCGUAUGCUCUCCUUCGAGGGCGACACCGGCCCGUACCUCCAAUACGCUCACGUCCGGCUGUCCUCCAUCGAGCGCAAGAACCCCGAGCUCCUGCCCCUCCCGGCGCCCUCCCAGCUCAAGACCGAGCUCCUCGUCGAACCGCAGGCUCGCGAGAUUACCUUCCUCCUCGGCUCCUACCCCGACGUCGUCAAGACGGCGCUCAAGACGCACGAGCCCAGCGGCAUCGUGACGUUCGCCUUCCGCCUAAGUCACGCCAUCUCGAGCGCGUGGGAGACAGUCAUCGUCAAGGGAGAGGAGGACAAGGAAAAGGCCAAGGCGCGCAUGGCGCUGUACCUCUCUGCGCGGGACGUCCUCGGGGCGGCAUUGCGCUUGCUCAGUAUCAGGCCCCUUCAGCGGAUGUAGACGGGUUGUUUCUUGGCCCAGAGCUUUUGGAACGCAAUUGCGAGCGUACAGAUGUAACAGUGCAAUGCAUUUUUGUUCCCAGUCG